CAUGAUUGUCACGAGGAUUUGUUUUCCUUCCGGUAUUGCCUUUCCUGGUUUGCGCGCGCAUCUUACACUUCCUUUUUAUCUUUGCCAUCCAAAAUGGCAACACAAGUAUCCAAAAAGCGAAAGUUUGUGGCUGAUGGAGUAUUUAAAGCUGAACUUAAUGAAUUUCUCACUCGUGAAUUAGCUGAGGAUGGCUACAGUGGGGUUGAAGUUCGGGUCACUCCAACAAGAACAGAAAUCAUCAUAUUGGCUACAAGAACGCAAAAUGUCCUCGGUGAAAAGGGUCGACGAAUCCGUGAAUUGACCUCUGUCGUUCAGAAACGAUUUAAUUUCCCUGAAGGCACUGUUGAGCUGUAUGCUGAAAAGGUUGCGACCCGUGGACUCUGUGCAAUCGCCCAGUGCGAGUCUCUGAGGUACAAGCUGAUUGGAGGUCUUGCAGUAAGAAGAGCUUGCUAUGGUGUGUUGCGUUUCAUCAUGGAGAGUGGCGCUAAAGGUUGCGAGGUGGUCGUAUCUGGGAAACUGAGAGGUCAGAGAGCCAAGUCGAUGAAGUUUGUCGACGGUUUGAUGAUCCACAGUGGAGACCCAAUCAACGACUAUGUUGAUACAGCAGUCAGACAUGUACUCCUCAGACAGGGUGUGCUGGGAAUCAAAGUGAAAAUCAUGUUGCCAUGGGAUCCCAGUGGUAAGAUUGGUCCCCGCCGCCCCCUGCCCGACCACGUCAGCAUCGUGGAACCCAAGGACGAGGCGGCCCCUGCUCAGCCCUACAGUGAACAGAAGGGCACAAAAGUAACGGGUGAUGCACAACCCAUCAUGAUGUAGGUAAUCUGAAAGGACACUGUGACUCAUUUGUACUUGUUACAAAGAGAUUAAACAGACUGUGGCUUA